CUGAGGUGUUGGAAUGCAGCAGCCAUUCUUCACAUUACUGGCGUGUCAAACUUUUCGGUAUAAAAGAGCUUGGGGCUCAACUGAGAGUAUACAGACAACGACACAGAGAAGACAGAAGAUCAGCCCAAAAAAAAAGUCAGGAAACAUGAAAUCGUUUGACAUUCCUCUGGUCUGCCUUAUCUUACUCUUCAGCGUUCAGCUCACAGGCGCACACCCGCUACAAAACUCAGCCUUAACCACAGAGGACAUGGAUGUAUUAAAGUUUCUUCUACAGAGACUGGAAGAGUCCAUUCCUGCGUCUCCUCAAGACCAAAUACUGGCGAAAGUGGAAGAAGAAGCGGCACGAGAAGAAACCAUCGCUGAAACUUAUCCCAAGACUGACGUGAGAUACUAUCUGUCUGCUCAGGACUUGAGGACAGUCCGACAGGACUCCAAGAGAUCCUCUGGGUGUUUUGGGGGCAGACUAGACAGAAUCGGUUCCAAGACAUCCCUGGGAUGUAACACUGUCCGGCGGUCAGAUCCCAAAAGAAAAGAAUGAUUAGCAGCUUCUACACUGUAAACAUUGAAACUGUUAUCAAUGUUAUCAAACUGUUACUUACUUGAUCUGACCUUAGAAUGAUUUUUUUUGGUGUAACCUAGUGCAUUCAGGUUGAGUCAGUCAUAAUGAAUAAUAAACAAAACAAAAAACAACUUAAAAUAAAUGUUACCAUUUGAAGCACGUCUUAGGUUACCUGACAAAAUAUUUUUAUAGUGUUUUUAUCUGUAAGACUCCAAAAAUGUUCUUAACUAUACAUAUUUAUUUAUUAAAUUAUUUAAAUAGUGGAGUUAUAUAUUUAUAUGCAUCUUUAAUUGAAUUGUCAGUCAAAUCAGUUGUACUGUACAUGCCCUCUUUAAUAUACAAUAAAUGUUUAC